GCCUCACUACACCGGAGUGUCAUCCACAGUGCGGCCGCCUGCCUCUGCUCCUCCACCGGCUUCUCGCAGCGAGCGGAACGGGCAUGGACUCGGUGUGAAGACGCACCGUCGAGCUGUCACCCCGCGCAAAAAAAGGACAAACAAGAAACCCCUCGCUUUACGCACGCAGGAACUCAGAAUAAUGAUGGAGUACUGGAAGCAAUGCGCGCUGUGGCUGAUCAACUGCAAGGUGCUCCCCGCCAACCACCGGGUGACGUGGGAGUCCGCUCAGGUGUUCGACCUGGCGCAGACGCUGCGGGAUGGAGUCCUGCUGUGCCAUCUGCUCAACAACCUGAGGGCGCAGGUCAUCAACCUGAAGGAGAUCAACCUCCGGCCGCAGAUGUCACAGUUCCUGUGCCUGAAGAAUAUCAGGACUUUCCUGGCGGCGUGCAGCGAGACGUUCGGCAUGAAGAAGAGCGAGCUGUUCGAGGCCUUCGACCUUUUCGACGUCAGGGACUUUGGAAAGGUGAUGGACACACUUUCCAAACUUUCCCACUCAAUUAUUGCACAGCAAACUGGAAUCAGGCCUUUUCCAACAGAGGAGAGUGUUGAGGAUGAGGAUAUCUACAACCAUCUGGUGGAUCUGAUAGAUGAGAACGGGGUGGAGGAUGAGGAGGAUCUGUAUGACUGCGUGUAUGACGAUGAAGACGGCGGCGAGAUCUACGAGGACCUGAUGAAGACGGAAGCCCUCCCUCCUCCGGCGUUUCACAAGCAGGAGACCGACAUCAGGAGCUGCUGUUUAACAGAGAUCAAGCAGACAGAGGAGAAAUACACUGAGACUCUGGAGUCUAUAGAGAAGCACUUUAUGACGCCGCUCACCAUGUUUUUAUCCAUGGUGGAGAUGGAGAGGGUGUUUGUGAACAUCCCGGAACUGGUGAAAGUUCACAAAGGUUUACUGGUGGAAAUCCAAGACUCGGUCCACCACAGAAGUGCCCAGAACCUUUACCAGAUCUUCAUCACUUUCAAAGAGAGGUUGUUGAUUUAUGGGAAAUACUGCAGCCACGUGGAGACGGCCAUCGCCUCCCUGGACGACAUCAGCAAAGACAGAGAGGACGUACGCAUGAAGCUGGAGGAAUGUUCGAAAAGAGCCAACUAUGGCAAGUUCACCCUGAGGGAUCUGCUGGUGGUUCCAAUGCAGCGAGUCCUGAAGUAUCACCUCCUCCUGCAGGAGCUUGUGAAACACACUCAUGAUGCCGGAGACAAGAGCAACCUGCGGACGGCCCUGGACGCCAUGAAGGACUUGGCUCAGUACGUCAACGAAGUCAAGCGAGACAAUGAGACGCUGAGAGAAAUCGACCAGUAUCAGAAAUCCAUCGAAAACCUCAAUCAGCCUCUGAGUAACUACGGGAGACCCAAAGGAGACGGGGAGGUACGGGUGUCCUCGGUGGACAAACGGGCCAAACAGGACAGGCACAUCUUCCUGUUCGACGCUGCGGUGAUCGUCUGUAAGCGGCGGGGAGACAACUACGAGAUGAAGGAAGUGAUCGACCUGCACCUGUUCAAGGUCACCAACAACCCCACGUCUGACAAGGAGAACCGCAAGUGGUCCUACGGAUUCUACCUCACUCACAACCAGGGCCAGAGCGGCUUCGAGUUCUUCUUCAAGACCAAAGAGCUGAAGAAGAAGUGGCUGGAGCAGUUUGGCAUGGCCAUAUCCAACAUUCGACCUGAGAACGGCAGCAACAACCUCCACGAGUUUUGCAUGCACACCUUCGACAGAAUCACCUCCUGCAACUCCUGCCACAUGCUGCUGAGGGGCGUCUUCAACCAGGGCUACCUGUGCUCCAAGUGUGGUCUAGGUGCCCAUAAGGAAUGCCUGGGCCGCUUUGGCUCCUGCGGAAAAACAGAUCCCGGCUCCGUCAGAACUCAGUGCAAAGAUCGAGAUCCAGGUCUACCCAAGAUGCUGGUGAUCAGGAACUACUUUGGCGUGCCGUGCCCCGCCUCUGGUCAACCACUCAGCAUCCAGAUGGGUGACAUCAUUGAAUUAAUCUGCGCCGACCUUCACAGCCCCUGGUGGCAGGGCAAAAUCCUGUCGACGAAAGAGGUUGGCUACUUUCCAAGCGACGCUGUGAAGCCUUGUCCAUGUGUCCCGAAGCCCGUGGACUACUCCUCUCAACCCUGGUUUGCUGGGCCCAUGGAGAGGCUGCAGGCAGAGACAGAGCUCAUCAACAGGGUCAACAGCACCUACCUGGUCCGCCAUCGCAGCAAAGAGUUCACGGAGUACGCCAUCAGCAUCAAGUACAACAACGACGUGAAGCACAUAAAGAUCCUGACCAAGGAGUGCUGCUUCUACAUCGCCGAGAACAAGAAGUUCAGGAGCAUAUUAGAGCUGAUUGAAUACUACAAACACCACUCCCUGAGAGAAGGGUUCAGGAGUCUGGACACCACGCUGCAGUUUCCUUUCCUGGAAGCGGAGAACGCUGCGGUGCACUGCAUCAACCGGUCGGGUGGCAACAUGUUCACCCCCAAGGUGAUCGGCGUGGCGAUCGCUCGCUACGACUUCAGCUCACGUGACACCCGGGAGCUGUCGCUGCAGGAGGGCGACGUGGUGAAGAUCUACACCAAGUCAGGAGCCAACGGCUGGUGGCGAGGCGAGGUCAACAGCAGGGUGGGCUGGUUUCCAUCCACAUACGUAGAGGAGAGUGAGGAGUGAAAUGUCUGCCGUGGGAGUAAAAGUACGAUAGAAGAAGAAGAAGAAGAAUGUCGGCAGUGGAGUGAGUGCACUGAGCACAUAACAGUGACAGACAGAGUGAGCGUCUCCAACGCUGCUCGCUCCCGGUGUCACGGCUUUACUCUCCUCCAGCCCUGCCGCCCGCAACCAUCCCAGAGGCCUCCGGGAGAGAGAAAGAGAGAGAGAGAGAGAGAGAAGGGCUGCAGCUCGCCACGGGCGCGCAUGGGCCCGAUCGCCUCUGGUCGACUCGGCGAGGCUAAGUGACUCCAUCAACUAGCAGCUUGCCUGUCAGCGGGACACAAGCCCUCGCC